AAAAAGAAAAAGAAAACGCAAAGAAAAACAUAUAGCUGUUUCAACGCACCGCCUAUCUCGCAUUCACCAGUCUCUCUCUCAAAUCCUUGGGGUGUUUAUCUCUCUAAACCCGUGCUUUUUCUCUCUCUCUCUAAAACCAGUUGUUUCUCUCUCCUCCCCGGAGCUGAAGGUACGGCAGAGUUUUUACAUGGUUUCAUCCCCUCUAUUCUCUCCACACAGUAUCCCACCAUUCUCUCUCUCUAAAAUCCGUACAAUCUCCAUCCACUCUUCAUCUCCUAUAUAUCCACAAAUUUCACAGCACAGUUUUUGUCCGCAAACCAACCUUGAGGUUUUUUAAAAGAAAAUUUCGUUUCUGGUUCCUCUGAGAUCCGGCGGCGAAACGUGAUUUUUUUCUGUCCUGUUGACGAUGAAGGAGACGGCGACGGUGGUUAGGAGCUGCGAGCUCUGUAAUGGCGAGGCGGCGGUUUGUUGCCCGUCGGAUUCCGCGUUUCUGUGUUGGAGCUGCGACGCCAAGGUUCACGAUGCAAACUUUCUCGUUGCUCGACAUAUUCGGAAUAUUAUUUGUUUGAAAUGUAAAUCGUUUACCGGACAUCGUGUUUCCGGCUUCGGCGUGGUUCCGAUUGCCGGUCACUGUGCUUCGUGCUCGUCGCCGCCGGAGGAGGAGGAGGCUGAUCUCGGCGAUGCGGUUUCUUCUUCUUCCUCGUCGUCGGCUUGUGUUUCGUCUACUCACUCCUUCCGUCAAAAUAAAAUGAGUGAUCAGUUCGAUUGCAGGGGGAAUGGCGGAUCUUCGGAGUCGUUGGCUUCGCGAAACGAGUUUUCGACCGAGGUUACUUUUCCGGCGACUCGGGGGAAGUGUCAAGCGAGAUCGCCGCCGGUACCGUCGAAGCUUGACCCCGCAGCCGAGGGCAUUUUCGUCAACUGGUGCAAAAGACUCGGAAUCGGCGCGGAGGACAAAGUUGUCCGUAAGGCUUGCGACGCUUUUCGGCUCAGUACGGCUCUCAUAUCGGUUCUACCGUUCCGAGCCGUUCUCGCGGCGUCUCUAUGGUUCAGCUUGAGAAGAUGCUGUGGCCACUCAUCGUCCACGUGGCGGGCUGUUAAGAAGCUCGAGGAGAUCUCCGGCGUGCCGGCGAAGCUCAUUUUAGCCGCCGAGUCGAAGCUGCAGCGGGUCGAAAAAGCCGGUAAGCAGCGGCGCCAUUGGUUAGAGGAAGGAUGGGAUGAGUCAUGAGUUAUCGGCUGCCGCUUAAGUGUUCGGUUGUGAUUCAUCCCUUGCACAAAGAUUCUCUCGCAGAAAAAUAAUUCUGCUUUUUUUUUUUUAAUAAAUUAAUUAAACUUAAUUAAUUAGGGUUUAGAUUUUCUGGUUAAUUUUGAUUUCUUAAUCUUCCAUAAGUUAGAUAGGAAAAUAUUUCUUCCCUUUUCUUAAGUUUCAUGUUUGAAGCAUGGUCAUAGGUUUUCCAACAAAUCUUUAGUUUGGUUUCUUCGACACUAGAAAUUCUGUCAACUCCAUUUUCACUAAAAUCAUGAAUCUUAUUGUAAAUUAAAUUUAAUCAAAGUCAUGAUUUCUUUAGUA